CGUGAUAAUCAUACUUGCCAUUGAACGUUUAAGUAUUAGUUACAGUGUUUUCUGACAAUUAGCAUCAAUAAUAUGCAACACACAUGAUGGAUGUCGCUACCGUCCUUAAUUUUUUUUUUUUUUUUUAAAUAAAUGGACCUCUUUAUUCGGGCCAUCAUGCACCAGAUAUCAGUGGACCAUGAGGGCAGAUCUAAAAAUGGCUUCAACCCGAUUUAACAGUGAAUUUGUAGGAAACUGCUAUCAGAAGAUUUUAAAGACAGCAUUCUUUUACCUUAUGUUGUUUAUCCCUUUUCUGUGAACAAAAUGCGCCAGAUUCGUUUACGCUGCUGCAGGUCUUUGGGCCGUGUGUGGCCACACUUCAUCGUCAUCCCGUUACUGUUGCUUCUUCUGGCCGGGGUCGCGCUGACCUUUUUACUGCCUAUCGAUGAGGAGAGCAGCAUUCUCAGAGAGCUCCGACACAGCUCCAACACCUCACUUACCUCGCCCGACCCAGAGGACAGUUUUACUAUUAUUAUGCAAACAUACAACCGCACCGAUAUUCUCCUCAAGCUCCUCAACCAUUAUCAGGCCGUGCCUCACCUGCAUUGCAUCAUCAUCGUGUGGAAUAACGCUGGGGAGCCGCCACCCAGGAAACUGUGGGAUUCCCUUGGCCCACACCCUGUUCCAGUCAUCUUCAAAGAGCAGAGCGUCAACAGAAUGCGCAAUCGAUUGCAGCCACACCCUGAGAUCAAACCCAAUGCUAUUUUGAUGCUAGAUGAUGACUUAUUGGUCAGUGUUCCUGAUAUCAGCUUUGCAUUUUCUGUCUGGAAGCAAUUCCCGGAUCAGAUUGUGGGUUUUGUUCCACGGAAGCAUGUGACUACAACAUCUGGUGUGUACAGUUAUGGUAGCUUUGAGCUUCAGGAUCCUGACAGAGGUGGUGGGGACAGGUACUCUAUGAUCCUAGUGGGUGCAGCUUUCUUCCAUCAUCGCUUCCUGAAGCUGUUCCAAGACCAGCCCAGUGAGGUGCACGCUCUAUUGGACGAAACGCAGAACUGCGAUGACAUUGCCAUGAACUUUGUCGUGGCACGCCAACUCACAAAGGUAUCCGGACUCAAACGUCCAUCAGGAGUGUUUGUGAAGCCCGUAGACAUUCGUAAUCUGGAGAAGGAAGCUAGCAGUGGAUACGUUGGCAUGUGGCACAGAGCAGAGCACAUGCUACAGCGCUCCUAUUGCCUGAACAAGCUGGCACAUAUCUACAGGGGUAUGCCACUCCGCUACUCUAAUAUGAUGAUCUCACAGUUCGGUUUCCCCAGCUAUGCUAAUCACAAGAGCAGAUUUUGACCUUUGGACCUACUUAUGAGCAAUUAAGACUUCAUUUUUAACAGUGUUUUAGCAAUCUUAGAAGAAUAGCUCAAACAAAAAUGAAAAUUCUGUCAUAAUUUACUCACCCACGUGUAGUUCAAAACCUGUAUGACUUUCUUUCUUAUGAGGAAUACAAAAGGAGAAUUUUUAAUAAAUAUCCCAGUCUGUCUUUUUAAUACUGGGGCAGCUGAUUGUGACUCACUUAAAAGCUUUAAAAUGCACCCAAAAAUAAAGUCGUCCAUGCGACUCGUGUGUCAUAUUCCAAGUCUUUUGAAGGCAUAUGAGAGGUUAAGCCCGUUCACAGUGGCAUGUGCAUUCAUGCAGGAACUUGUGUUGUUUUUAGCACUAAACAGUGCAAGUUCUCACGUGAACAUGCAUGCAAACAGGCUUCUAUUGUACCGCUUAUGAUCGUACAAUCAAGAUUUUCACUGAAAAAUUACCUACAUUUCAGGCUGUUUCUCACUUAAACCUACUGUAUGCAUUCAGAAGACUUGGAAUAUGACGCUCGAGUCACAUGGACGACUUUUAUGAUGCUUUUGGGUCAUUAGCUUUAAAGUGAGUUUAUGGAUCUACUCUCAUUUAUACAGGUCUCUAUGCUAUAUAUCACAAGCAAGUCAUAAACUGAAGAAAUUCUAUGUAAAUAGAAAAUGGUGUGUAUUAUUAAUGGAUUUUAUUUUUAUUUUAGUCUUACUGCUUUGGCAUAAUUUGCCUUGUAUAGCUUACAUCUGUCCAGUAGGUGGGGUAUGACAUUUAUAUUAGUACCUCUACCAUUACAGUAUCUGUAUCUGUGCCCCAUAGUGUUUUUUUAAUUAAUUUUUUUAAUGUGUUUUAUUUACUUUGAAUAUAAACGUAUGAAUGAAACAUCAGUAUGAUUUUGUGUUAACUAAGGAUUUAAAUGGUAGCACAGUGGUUUGUUUUCCUUCACGACCCAGAACAAGUGACAGUAAGACGGUACCAAAAUUUUUUACAUACAAAAGUAAACAAAACUGUAUUUAAAAUGAAAAAUAAAGUUGCUCUAAGUGUU